AAUCGGACAUUGUUCAAAAUUAUUCGAUUCGUAACGAUGGAAGAAUUGGAUUUACUAAUGCCACUUUUCAAUGGCCAAAUGAUUCAAAUAACUUCACAUUGAACAAACUGAAUGUCUUUUUUCCACCUGGAAAGCUGUCAAUAAUCCAUGGUCCUACGGGUUGCGGAAAGUCUGCCUUAUUGAAAGCACUGUUGGGAGAAAUGAAAUAUCUUGAUGGUUCUGUGUUUUUUCCAAAUGGGGAAAUUGCAUAUGUUUCUCAAACUGCAUGGCUUCAAAAUGGAACUAUUAGAGAAAACAUCCUAUUUGGCUCAGAAUUCGUUUAUAAUGCUGAAAGAUAUUUUGAAGUUUUACGUAUAUGUGAUCUUAAUAGAGAUUUGUCAAAUUUUACUUUUAGUGAUAAGAAAGAAAUCGGAGAAAGAGGAAUUAUGCUCAGUAAUGGUCAGAAGCAACCUGAUAAACGAUUUUUAAUUUUUAUCACAGGAAUUGCAUUAGCUAGAGCCAUCUAUUCAAACUAUAAUACCAUUAUUUUAGACGAUUGCUUAUCUGCUGUUGAUUCAUGCACAGAAAAACUUAUAUAUGAACAAUGUCUAAUGAGUGACUUGAUGAAAAAUAAAACUCGCAUUCUUGUAACACAUCACGAAAACUCUUAUGGUGCUGCUUUAAAAAUUUUUAUGAAAGAUGGCAUGAUAAUAAAUAAAGAGUAUUUGAAAAGGGAAGAAUUAAACCCAAAUCUAAAAGAAUCUGAAGAUGUAGUAUUACCAGACAUUGAAUGCACAGACAAAUUGAUUAAGGAAGAAGCAAAAGCCGAGGGCAGGGUCAAAUGGAAUGUCUAUAUGACAUAUUUAAAAGCUUCUGACUUUUUUUGGCUAUCCAUAAUUCUUUUAUUCAUAUUUGCACGGAUCUUUCAAACUCUUCAAGGUUUGUGGAUUGGUGAAUGGACUAAAGCCAAUGAUAAUCAAUUUUUUUUGCCCGACCUUCUUUUGCCCGAUUCCUUCACGAAUAAUAUUACCCUAAUCGUACAAUAUUUAUCACAUAAAUCCCAAAACGUCAAUUAUUAUCUCAGUAUUUAUGCGUUGUUUGGACUUUUAAAAAUUACAUCAAUGAUUCUUAGAUCUUUCUUCAUGAUAAAGUGCACUUUAAGUGCUUCUAAAAAAUUACAUGAUAAUCUGUUAAACAAAAUUUUAUUCGCUACUAUUAAAUUUUACGAUACAACACCAAUAGGGAGAAUUAUGAACAGGUUUAGCAAGGACAUGGAGUUAAUAGAUCAAAUAUUACCUUUAAACGUAGAAUCCUUUAUCAACUCAUGCGUUUCCGUUGUAUUUACGAUAAUUAUCAUUUCUAUUCGAGGGUUCAGGUUUUUUACAGCAUGUAUUGUCAUAACAGCAACAUAUAUAAUAAUUGGAAUUCUUUAUAUUUCUACGUCGAGAGAAUUAAAGCGUCUGGAAUCGGUUAAUAGGUCUCCAAUAUAUGCUUUAUUUGACAAUACUAUUGAAGGUUUAUCUAUAAUACGAACAUUUGGUGCCAAAAGAAGAUUUAAUAAAAACCUAUGGGACCUUAUAGAUCGUUAUAAUUGUCCAAUUUUAAUGAAUUGGGCAUGUAAUCAAUGUUUACAUGUUUAUUCCAGUUUUGCAGGAGGUCUAUUUAUGCUUUUUAUUGGUGCUCUUAUUAUUGAUGAUCUUUCUAAAGAAAUGGAUCCUGCUUUUGCUGGAUUUACAUUUAUAAAUACGAUAAAAUUUAGUAAUCAUAUCAUUCAGAUUAUUAAUACAUUUACAGCUGUAGAAAUGAACAUGAAUUCAG